CUUACCGGAUGUAAAAAUCUGGCCGCUUCUCAUUCAAAACAAAAAUACAACCACGUUGUCCAUUACAAUAAACGUAAUUUAGAUUGGUUAACAAAAAUGGGGAAAAACAGAAAAUCUGAGGCUGAUCAAACUGAUGAUAAUGAUGAGUCUGUGAACACAACACAGACCAAAUUAAGCUGGGAGGACAAAGUCAAAUAUCUCAGCCCCAUCGCCAGGCCUCUGGCCUCAAAACGGCUAACUAAAAAGCUGUACAAAGUCAUCAACAAGGCCAAGUCCCAGAAUUCUCUGUUCAAGGGCAUCAAAGAGGUUCAAAAGAGGUUGAGGAAAGGUGACAAGGGCAUUGUGGUUCUGGCCGGAGAUGUCAGCCCAAUGGACAUUAUAACACACAUACCCAUUAUGUGUGAGGAAAGGGAUAUUCCCUACUGCUACACACCUUCCAAAAGUGAACUUGGUGAAUCUUACGGCACUAAAAGGCAAGCAUGUAUUGUGCUGAUCAAAGACCAUGAAGCAUACAAAGAUUUAUUCACAGAGUGUAAAACGAAGAUUGCAGAAAUACCUAUUGACUAUUGAGUUGUUACUGAAUAGUUUGUUUUAAUGUGACUGUAUGUGUUGUAAAUAUAUACAUGAAGGUACCAAUGUUUUAUAAUAAAACCCAGUCUAAGAAUCGAAA